UCUUCUUACACCUUAUCGACCAGUGUUUCUUAGUUUCACUGCAAUAUUGAUAACCACUACAAUAUUUCAAUAUGGAUUUAGAUCCAAGAAGACAUUAGUAACAAUUUUAAUUUCAAUACUAUUAAGCGCUUCUCCUGAAAUCGUGUCGCUUUAUAACCAAAGCAACAUUUCCAUGACUAAAUUGUUCCCGAACAUGCCUAUGUCAGAUUAUUCAAAUAAACAAGUAGAAAUCUUUGUUCUUCAAAUUAAUGGUAUCAGCUGUGAAGGAUGUGCUAAUCGAAUAAAGAAUCAUUUUGAUGCACAACCUCAUGUUAUUUAUUCAAAGGUUUAUUUUAAAAAUCAGUCCGCAACAAUCGGCACUUUUCCCGGGAUUUAUGAAGCAAAUGAUGUUUUGACAUGGGUCAAGAUGAUAGAUUUCAAAUAUGAUGGAAAAGUUAUUCAACAUUAUAUCGUAUCUAAGGAAGAUUCAUUGCAAAACAAAGAAAAAUUAUAA